AAAUAACGGCGCCGAGCAUUCCGGCGACGCCAGACAACGCGGCACGAUCGAGACGGGAUAACAUCGCUGUGGGAUCGCCGAUGCGAGCUAUCACCGUACCGGCCGUGUCACUCCGCUCGUGCUAGUCAGUCUAUCAGUUAAUCAGUCAGUCAGUCAGUCAGUCAAUCAGUCAUUCAGUCAGUCAGUUAGCUAGUUAACCGCAGCGUCCGAACCCACGCGGCGACGAUGGGUGUCGUGAAGACGGCGUCGGAGAGCAUCCUCGAGGAGACCGUCGUGCCGAGCGAAGAGGCGAAUUACUCCCUGCAGGGCCAUGCAGCCUUACGCGAACAAUCCGGACGGAAGAUCAUCGAAAAGGCAAAGUCGCAGCAUCCCGGUGAUGUCAGGUGCCGCGAUCAAGGUCGCUGCUCGAGUUCGCUCGCUCGCUCGCUCGGCUUGGGACCGGCGCAGGAAUUCGCGACGCCGCGGCUUUAAAGGCGAUGUGGCGAGCCAGCCGCCUGCUCGAGAGCGGCUGCUAACAGAGGAAUGGAGCGAGACCUUCCCCUAUCAGUUUCUGAUAGGGGCAGGGGUGGCCCUCGUCGGCCUGGUUCUCCUGGCGGCGGUGAGCUUCCACUGCUCCUCCACCUGGCGAUGGCUGAUGAGCAAGACACGGCACGAGAACAUCGAGGACACCGAGACCGAUCAGGCUCAGCAGAACGCGAUCCGCAUCAGUCAUUCCCUGCCGGAUCUCCAAUCGGAACCGAUCACUCACGAGUACGAGUAUGUCCAGGAGCAGAAGGAGAACAAGAAGGUGCUGCGUCAGACCACUCUGCCGAUCGUGCCGAUGCGACACCAGAGCUUCCAACGCCAAUUAUCGCAUCGACUCGAUCUGCCAAACAUCAAGUUCUGCAUCUGCAGCCUGGAGAAUCGCAGCGAUUCCAGCCUCGGUCUGAUCAAGCCGGAAUUGUAUAAGAAGGAGUUGGUGAGGCAAGAGAGUGCGGAAAGCUCCAGUACAACAGAAAUGGAAUAUGCUGGCAAACUACAUUUCGCUCUUCGCUACGACAAGGAGAUCGAAGGGCUCAUCGUCAAAGUUCUGGAAGCACGCGAGUUGCCGAUAAAGGAUGUGACGGGCAGCAGUGAUCCGUACAUCAAGUUAUACCUGUUGCCGGACAGAAAGAAGAAAUUCCAGACGAAAGUGCAUCGAAAGAACCUAAAUCCAAUAUUCAACGAGACAUUCAUCUUUAGCGUGUCAUACGAGGAACUAAGGGAGCGUUACCUGCAAUUCUCGGUUUACGAUUUUGACCGGUUCUCACGUCACGAUCUCAUUGGACAAGUGGUGCUUAAAGGCCUCUUGGAGUGCACCGAUCUCGAGCAAGAGAUCGAAUACACGAUGGACAUUCUCUGCGCGUUACAGGAGAAAGUGGAUCUAGGAGAGUUGAUGUUAUCGCUGUGCUAUCUGCCGACAGCUGGUCGGCUAACGUUAACCGUGGUCAAAGCCAGGAAUCUUAAAGCGAUGGAUAUAACGGGCAAAUCGGAUCCGUACGUGAAAGUUUACCUGCUGUGCCAGGGUAAGCGAAUAAAGAAGAAGAAGACUACGGUGAAAAAGAACACUCUAUACCCUGUCUACAAUGAGGCGUUGGUCUUUGAUGUUCCUGCGAACAACAUCGAGGACGUCAGUCUCAUAGUGAAAGUAAUCGAUUACGACAGAAUUGGAUCGAAUGAGCUGAUGGGAUGCACGGCAAUCGGCUCGAGCUUCAUUGGGAUCGGCCGGGACCACUGGCUGGAGAUGCUGGACAACCCCAGGAAACCGGUGGCGCAAUGGUACCCGCUGAUGGAAACCGUGUCCGGCCAUAUUCCGGCAGUGGAUUCGGAGCCGCUUCCGGUGAGCCUGAGCUGCUUGAACAGCAGAUGAAGGCGAGAUGUCGAAGAUAAAAACUGCAGAAACUCGCAGGCAUUGUCAGACGCUGGCUUGGACGUCGUCUCCUUCUGUCGUAUUUAAUGUACGUCGCUUAACUGACUUAAGUACAACCUCUUGUCUUCAAAUCGGGGCCCGAGAGGUGAAUUCUGCACUUUGUGAGUUUCAUCGUAUGAGCGGCAGCCGCAUCAUGACAUGACACGACUGAACGAUUCGACAUGACAUCCGACGUGAAACCGGUCGCUUGCGAGAGAUCAUCGCGUACACAUGUUGCUCAAUUUCGACGAUUGACGAUCGUGGCAAUCGUACAGAGAGACGAGAGAUAGUUUUGCGUUCGCUUUGUCCUAUCGCGCGGCGGGCUGGUCCCGCGCGUGCCACCCUCAGACACGCAUCAUUCCCCUACGUAAACCUCCGACUCCUUCGUGAUGUUGAGCAUGACGGUGUAGCUUGAAUGUCUCGUAGAUUAAACGCGCGUGAUCAGAUAGGUAAGUUUUUAUAGCAGACGAACGCGUGAGCGUGAGGCACAUGUGUUUGACAAAGGCCUUAUAUCUGCGACACUUACGUGUCUGAAGUGGAGAACGUACAGGCAGAUUCGAGCGACGAGGAUCGCGCAUCCCAGCAGAUCUCGGCGGCAGAGUACAAUUGAUUAAUCGAUUAAUUGAUCGAUGAUUCUAGUCGAUAGAACCCUCUAUAAGAUAUAGCACCGAAUUUAGCGAACGCGCGCUGGAUCUACGCGCCAUUUAUUGUUUCACGCUCGCUAUCACCCACAUUUCUGCGCGCAACUGUUCUAUUAACGUGAUACGUGUUUAGACAUAUAAUCGCGCCCGACGCUACGCGGGCACUGUUUGUGAUAAUGUACUUUCUGGAACACAUAUGUACCAAUUUACAUACAUAAACACAGACAAACAUACAUACACAUAUAUACACGCAUGCGUAUGCGUACGUACAAGCGACACGCGUAUAACGUGAUUCAAAAAUCAUGUGUGCACCAGUAGCUGCUACGUGGCAUGUACGUUCGCGACUGACACUAUCCGAUUGUGAACUUGAUAAUAAGUAAUAAUAUACAUCUAGAAGCGUGAUGGAAUUAUAAAAAUAUCGUAGGGGUGAAAAAGGGAUGAACGGUGCACAAUCCUCUUUAUAAUUUACUGGAUUAUUUACAUGCAUGUGCGUAAAUUUAAGAAUAUAAUCCUCGACGAGGAUAAUAUAAUUCUGGAAAAGAAGCACGUAAAGAUUAUAAUUAGAAUAGAUAACCAUUUUUAACGAUUUAUGCUCCGUUCUUUAUUCUUUUUGCGCUUGAUUGGACCGCGAAUGUUUCUGACGAGUACAGAUCAGUGUGUGAAUUGUAUCUCAUCGAUAUAUUCUUAAGGACGCUGAUUCGAUCGUACGGGAAAAGAUUUCGAAUACGCGAGUAUCAAGAAUUGAUGUUUCUGGAAAAUGGAAUAUUUAAAAAAUCGUAGCUUUGAUAAAUCCGCGGCGAUUUUGUAAGGUGUGAGAGAAAAUUUCAUCUUAUGCGUUUUUCGUUAUUCUUUAUCUGCUGAAUUACGGAAGUAAUUGAUUCUUUCCUUCUGAAUUCGAACGUCUGGAUUUGAGUUCCUCGAAACCGUUGUUGUGAGUCGCGUGAAGGCAUGAGAAUAUGAUACAUGUAAAUUAUGCCACAAAAAGUAUACGUAAUCUACAAAACGUAGCAAGUUGUUACGCAAGUAUAAGUAAUCGCAAAAAAUAAUACCGAAUACUGGUGAUAUAUUACAAAUGGCAUACACUGACUAGCGUAAAGUGUGCCAACAAUGAGUAACAACGUAGUAGCAGUAGCACGAUAACGACGAUAGCACGUUCUAAUCGCAUGCUUAAACAUAGAAAUUUCAGUCUGCGCGCCAUAGUGAACCUAGAGUAUAAUUCUGCUAACUAUCUCGAGUCAAUACACGAUUUCAACUGUAUGCCUGCCUGUAAAACGUAAGAGACAUCUUUCUAGAUCCCCGAGAAUUUUUCAUCUAGCCCAUUAUUCCCAGCAAUGUCCGCGCAAACAGGAGGGACACAGAUGCUGUAUUUUUCGUACAAGUGGGAACCGUUCUUAUCACGGGACUAAGCUUUCUCUCAACUUCACCUAGUGAAACGUGGAAACAGUCGCUCCAUACUGAGAGUAGUGAUUUAAACAAGCUUGAGGGAUCCGUCGACUUGUCCAGACGUGAAACUUGCGAGUUCUCUAUUUAAUUCGUACGUGUCUCAAUUAAAAAUGAAUGAUAAAUUUUUGUUCUAUUUUCUUUCAGUAUUUCUUCCGCAUCAUUAGCGAUCUACGAGUUGCAAGACACGGACGAUAAAAAACGUGAGGGUAUUGAAUUGCAUGUAGAUUUAUAAAAUAUAUAUAAAUACAUAUCUCCCUCAUGUAUAUCUCUACGAAUGAGGCGAAACAGAUAAAGUACGUGCGAAAUGAAUAAAAUGAAUGUGCAUUGAUAAUUAUGUCAGUAAAUGUCAGUAACGCAUUACAAUUGUUUGUGCGAACGGUAAGGGCGCUUUGUUUAAAAUCUACUCUAAUUAUGAAAGCGAUCGUAUUCGCAUGUAGUCGAUUUGUGAGCGAGUAACAAUAAUAUCGGUAUGAACAAUGUGUAUACUUUUCUAACGAGUAUAUAAUAUCUAUAUUGUAUAUUUGAGCACACACAAUGCUCCCUGUUAUAUGAUCGUGAAUGAAUCAUCAAUAAAUCGAAAUAACAA